AUGGCCCAUUAUAAAACGUCCAUUACUGACCAAUCCAUCUCUUCUAGGGUUUAUCUGCCUUUCAUCGAACACCUUCAGUCCGCCGUCAUCUUCCCCCUUUGUUUCGAUCGAGUGCAGAUGGAGUCACAGAUCAAGCAUGCUAUUGUGGUGAAGGUUAUCGGGCGGACCGGGUCUCGUGGCCAGGUCACGCAAGUUAGGGUCAAGUUUAUCGAUGACCAAAACCGAUUCAUCAUGAGGAAUGUGAAGGGACCCGUGAGGGAGGGCGAUGUUCUUACCUUGAUGGAGUCUGAAAGAGAGGCCAGGAGGUUGCGUUGA